UCCUUUCCCACUCUAUUUUGUUCGGCUUCGUUCCUUCGCAUGAGUGUAAAGUUUUGCACGAGUUCUUCUUGGUCGCUGUUCGACUUCGCUGCUUCGACGACGGUUGGAUCGGAAGUUACGGCAUAUUUUGAUAGGAAGCAACAACGGGAGCUCGCUUGCUGUGAAGGUAAUUUUCUCCCUUUCGCGCGCUUCUUCGGCCAAAUCCCGUAAAUCCGCCGAACCUAAGGAUUUCGUAAAUCCGGGAUUUACCACGAAAAGAGGGAAUUUUCUGUCAACUGCGGCUUUGAUUUUCCGUGAGAUUUGGUUUUGCAUUUUUGGCCGUUUGGCUGGAUUUAGCUCAAAUCCGCUACAAUUCCGGCCUAAAUCCUGCAUCCAAACAGCCCCUUAAUCCUGCUACGAAACAGCCAACAAAUCUUUAAAACAAGCAGUCCUCUAGCAAUGGAGGAGAAACCAUUCCGUCUAUUCUCCAGCAAAUCGAAGCCUCCUGUGCAAACUCUACCCUCCACCGUGCACCCUACAACGUCAACUACAAAAACCACCCAUGUCGAUCACGGGGAUCCAGACCCGGACGCAUCCAGCACCGUCAGCUUUGCCGACCUCGGCCUUUCAAAGUGGGCUGUUGACACUUGCCUAGAGCUUGGAAUGCGGCGACCAACUCCCGUGCAGCGCUGCUGCAUCCCACGUAUACUUGCUGGCGAUGACGUUCUCGGCAUAGCUCAGACUGGGAGCGGCAAGACGGCUGCCUUCGCUUUGCCGAUCCUCCAACGCCUCGCUACGGAGCCCUACGGUGUGUUUGCCCUUGUUCUUACCCCCACACGCGAGCUUGCGUGCCAGCUCGCGGAGCAGUUCCGUGCACUCGGAUCGUCACUGCAACUGAGGUGCACGCUGGUUGUUGGCGGGAUGGACAUGAUUGGCCAAGCGCGCGCUCUUGUGCAGCGGCCGCAUAUAGUUGUUGCGACCCCUGGGAGGAUCAAGACUCUUCUGUGCGAUGAUCCAGACAUUCCAGCAGCAUUCUCUAGGACCAAGUUUCUGGUUCUUGAUGAGGCUGACAGAGUUUUGGAUGUUGGCUUUGAGGAGGAACUGAGGGUAAUUUUGAAGAAUUUGCCUAAAAGUAGGCAGACUCUUUUAUUUUCUGCAACCAUGACAAGCGAUCUGCAAACAUUGCUUGAGAUAUCUUCAAAUAGAUCUUACUUUUUUGAGGCAUAUGAAGGUUUUAAAACGGUGGAAUCUCUCAAACAACUAUACAUUUUUAUUCCUAAAAAUGUGAAGGAGGUCUAUCUUAUCCACAUACUGUCAAAAAUGGAGGAUAUGGGCAUUAGAUCGGUCAUGAUAUUCCUUUCUACAUGCAGGGGCUGUCAUUUUUUAAGCUUGUUAUUGGAAGAACUUGAUCAGCCUGCAGUUGCUUUGCACUCUCACAAGUCUCAGGUCCUCCGUCUCUCUGCAUUGAAUAAAUUUAAAUCUGGCCAAGUUCCUAUUUUGCUUGCUACGGAUGUAGCUAGCCGAGGCUUGGAUAUUCCAACAGUAGAUCUUGUCAUCAACUAUGAUAUUCCUAGGUAUCCACGGGACUACGUACACCGUGUGGGCCGUACUGCCAGGGCAGGCAGAGGAGGCCUUGCCCUAAGUUUCAUAACACAGAAUGAUGUUGAACUCAUUCACGAGAUUGAGAAUGUUGUUGGAAAACAAAUGACUGCAUUUGAAUGUAAAGAGAAGGAGGUGCUUGAGGAUAUCACUAAGGUAUACAAAGCCAGGCGUGUUGCUAGAAUGAAGAUGAUUGAUGAUGGAUUUGAAGAAAAAGCUGAAGAAAGAAAAGCACAGAAGAUGAAGGCAUUAGCAGAGAAAGGGUUGCUGAAGAAAAGGAAACAUAAACCUAAAGAAUGACUUUUUGAAUGCUGUUGAUUUACACUAUUUAUAUGCCAAGAAUAUUGUUUAUAUGGUCUGUAUGAUGUGUUCCGAUGAGUUUUAAGUAACAUUUUUGUAGCCUGGUAUGUUUUAGAUGAAGUUAUUAUUUCCUACAUCAAGUUUUUAUACUUGAUUCUGUACAAUUUUGUUACAAAUAUAUAUUUCAUCAUCUUUUAGUUGCCAUUUUUCCAUAUAAUUCAAUGAAAUGGAGUUUUGUU